UGUCACAUGGGCUUAGGACAGGCUGUGGGAGCCAAACCCUUUGGACUAGGCUUGGGUGCCCCCCUACAGCCUCUCCCUUUUGGGAGCCAUAGCAUGGUGGGCCCCGGAACAGAAAUGAAUAGGACAAAGCCAGAAGUGGACUGAAUUCCAUUUCUAAGGGGCAUUGUGAUGCAUGGUAGAACCCUUGGAAAUUAGGUUCUAGACCAGUUUUGGCUUGGUGUGGCACACUUCCAGUUGGGUAGCACUCUUACUGCCAAUCUGACAGGCUGGGUCAGAACCCAGAUUUCAGUUUUGGGCAAGGCUCUUCUGUGGCAUCUGGGUGAUUUUUCUGCAAGUGUGAUGAGUUUGUUGGUGCAUGGCAGUUGCCUUAUGGACUGUUGGAGUCGAUAGUCCUGGCAGCCUUCGGAGUUGCCUGGUCUGCAUGAAUUCCUUUCCAGGGAAGCUGUAGGCUCCCCUUCCUCCAGCCCCUUUUGCCCUCUUCCCCUCCCCUUGCUCACCUUCCUCCCCAGUCCCUGGAAACGGAACUUGGUCUUAACCAGGCCCGGUGUUUGGUUGGGUCUAGGUGAGGUAUGUCCAAUCUACGCCAGGCUCAACCAGGGUGCCUAUACUAACACUAGAACAACAAGAUGGAUUCUAGGAAGGCAGCCGACGCGUCUCCCAGACCCCUAGGAGCAGCUGUUCAGGGGGAGGAGGAGCCAUUACUGAAAACUGCUCCUGAGUGUACCUCUUCAUCUGGGACAGAUUCCCAGAGCAGAGAAAGGCAAGGAGCUCGGAGCAACGUCCAGCCUGAGUCUCCGUCCAGCGACGAUGAGGCGGCCAGUGAGGUGUUGAGUCACUACAGUAGCACCAGUGAGGUAGCCAGCGUCACGGAGGAGAGCUCUGGCAAUGAUGUGGUGGAUGAUCAGGCCCAACAAGAGGAGCUAGAAGAGAAGCUGAAAGAGUGCAUUGAUAAUGUGACUGACAAGAGCGCCAAGACCCGGCAGGCGGCCCUGGAGAGUCUGCGUCUGGCCUUCUUGUCUCAUGUGCUCUCCGACCUCCUGUUGGACUGGCGCCUCACCCUCACUGACUCCCUCGAGAAGUGCCUCAAGAAAGGUAAAGGAGAAGAACAGUCUCUUGCUGCUUCUGUGCUAACCCUUCUGUGCCUUCAGUUGGGCUCAGGGCCUGAAGGGGAGGAGCUUUUUCAUAGACUCCGACCCCUGCUCAUCUCCAUCCUCACGGACCCCUCAGCCAGCCUUGGUGCCCGAAAUAGUUGUGCCACAGCCCUGGGGAUGUGCUGUUUCAUUGCUGCUGUUGAAGUAGAGGACCUCAUCUCGUGCCUCACCUGCCUAGAGGCCACCUUCACUGGGGCUUGUGGGGAGGAGGGGACUGUGGCCCUGACCCCGCUCCAGCCACUGCACUGCUGUGCCCUCCAGGCCUGGGCCCUCCUCCUUACCAUCUGUCCCAGCUCCCACAUCCAAAGAGUCCUGCGCAGUCAAAUGGCCCAGUUGCCCCGGCUCCUCUCCAGUGACAACGUGCACCUGCGCAUUGUAGCAGGGGAGACCAUAGCUCUGCUGUUUGAGUUGGGCCGGGACCUGGAGGAGGAUUUUCCGUACGAGGACACCGACUCACUGUGCAGUAUGCUCCGGGACCUGGCCACUGACAGCAACAAGUACCGUGCCAAGGCUGACCGGCGUAGGCAGCGCUCCGUCAUCCGUGAUGUCCUCCACUUCAUCGAGAAUGGGGAGUGUCAUGAGGAGACAAUCAAGUUUGGGAUGGAGUGUAUGUACGUGGGUAGCUGGGCCCGCCGCCGCACCUACACCGCUUUCAAGGAAGCCCUGGGCUCCGGGGUCGGCCAUCACCUGCAGAACAACGGACUGCUCCGUGACGUCUUCGAUCUGGGCCCCGUGUUGGUGCACGAUGCUGCUGCCAUCAAAGCCAACAAAAUCUCCCGCUUUGAGAAGCACCUUUACAACUCUGCUGCCUUCAAAGCCCGGACAAAGGCACGCAACCGUGUGAGGGACAAGCGAGCGGAUGUCCUGUGAGUGGAGACCCUCAGCAGCCCCUUGGGGCUGGAUGAGAGGGUUCCACUCCCUAUCCCUGGUUUUUUGUUGGUCAGUGUAAAGACAAUGCUGCAACACUA